UUUUUUUUUAACUUAUUUACUCACUUUUUUUUUUAUCGUAUAUAUUUUUCUCUUCUGUUUAUAAUAUUAAUUUAUUAAAUAAAAGAUAGAGGGAGACGAAAGGACAUACCUAACAUAUUGGACAUAUAUACAUUAAAGACAUUCACUUAUAAUCUGACUCAUUGAUCCAUUAGCAUUUUUACAAAUGACAACUCCUGUUGGUAGCUUUAAUGAUAUUGGAAGAUCUGCUAGAGAUAUUUUAGUAAGGGAUUAUUCUAUUGGUGGCUUUAAACUUGAUAUUAAAACCACUACUUCUAAUGGCUCAUCAUUUAAAAUGAAUGGCCAUCGCGAUAAUAAAACGGGUGUAAUUGUUGGUAGUAUUGAAAGUCGAUAUACAAAUAAAAAGACUGGUUUAUCUUUAACUCAAGCUUGGACAAGUUCAAACCAUCUUAAUAGCAAAAUUGAAUUAGAAAAUAAACUUGCUAGAGGGUUAAAACUUGAAGCUACCGUCUUUGUUUCUCCUUCUGUUAGAGAAAAGAAUAUUAGAUUGAAUACAACUUUUAGACGACCUAAUAUUUAUACAACUACUUCCUUUGAUACCUUUAAACGUAAUUUAGUUGUAAAUUCGGCUAUUGGUCUUCAAGGCGUCCUUAUAGGUGGUGAAGUUGUUUAUAAUAUGAGAGAUGCAAAGAUAAAUUGCUAUAAUACAGCAGUUGGUUAUUCUACUCGUGAUUACGCCAUUACAAUUCAUGCUGCUAACAACUUUUCCAAAUACAUUGCCUCCUAUUAUCAUCGCUUAGAUAAAACUUUACAAGCAUCUGGUAAAGUGACUUGGAAUAAUAAUAAAAGUGCAGUUGAAGUUGAAAUAGGAGCCAAAUAUAAUCUAGACCCUACUUCAUUUAUUAAGGGUAAGAUAACUAAUACAGGUGUUGUUUGCGCAUCAUUCACUCAAUGUAUUCGACCUGGUGUUAAAAUGAAUAUGGGUAUUGCUAUGGAUACAACUUGCUGGAAUGAAAGUAUCAAUCCUAAAUUUGGAAUUGCUUUGACUCUUGAAAAUUAAUGCUAUGGUUAUAAUAAACAAAAAAAGGAUGAUUGAUAUAUUACACAAUCAUUUGUAAACAACGCACUAUCAUUCAAGCAUACUGUUCUUACAUCAGAGCAAAUACUAUUCCAACUUUUAUAGUUUGCAUGUGACUUGAAACUAUAAAUAAAUUUUCCCUAAUAGAUUGAAACAAUUAAAAAAAAAA